AUGACCUUGGUCAGAAUGGUGGAAUGGGAGGAGUGGGAGUGGGAGGAGCAAGUACAAGCCAUGCAUCGUUUGGAGAAGCUUGUGCUCAUUAAUUGCAGACUGAGGCAUGUUCCUCGAGGCCUUGCCUCCAAUGCAAGCUCUUUGAAAAUAUUAUGUCUACUAUAUGUCAAGCACCUCAGCUACAUUGAGAACUUUCCUUCUGUUGUUGACCUUACAGUGAAUGGAUGCCCCGACCUAGAGAGGAUCACCAAUCUCCCCAAUCUGCAGAAGCUUACCAUUGAGAACUGCCCAAAGUUGAAGGUGCUGGAGCAUAUCGCUUCACUCGAGAGGCUCUACUUGGAGGAUUACAACAUGGAAGAACUCCCAGAAUGCAUGCGAGACAUAAAGCUAAGGCAUUUGCAGUUAUUCUGUAGGCUAUGGUUGCUCUCUGCGGUAGCCGCCGGACAAUCUGGCACUGAGUGGGACAAGUUCAGCCAAGUGGAGCAUGUCAAGGCAUAUGCGCAUGAUGGAUACAACCAAAGAAAAUGGUAUGUUUUGUACUCUAGAGGAGACAAAUGCAAGUUGGAUUCCAAUAUUAGCAGCUCUACCGUGUUUGAAGAAACCUUAUCAUCUUGUAUGGUGGAUGCACAAGGAUUUGACUCUCUGUACAAAAUGAGAAGAAGUACCUUCAGUUAUGUCUGCAGCUUGGUGAGGAUCCCAUUUUUCGAAGAUAUGAUGGCAAGGGAACAUACCUUUGUUGAUGGGAGAUUGUUUUCUUUGCAAGACGGAGUAGCUGUCGCUCUGAGAAUGCUGAACUCUGGUGACUCUCCGGUUACCGUAGGAUCCUCUCUUGGUGUGAGCGAGUCAACUUGCUUGCUGGUAACUAAGGUGUUUGUUGAAGCCAUGGAUGAGCCAUCAAUGCACCACUUUAAAUGGCCAGGCGCUGCUAAAAUGGAGAAGAUCAGGCGCAAGUUUGACAAGAUACACGGCCUGCCAAACUGCUGUGGUGUUGUACAUACAGCCCAAAUCACGUUUGGAUCACAAUAUCGUGACGGCGAGGAGAAUGAGCCUGUGCUAAUGCGAGCCAUCGUUGAUCCAGAUAUGAAGUUCACACAGGUUUGGUUGGCCUCUGAUCUCUUGGAGUUGGACUCUGAUCUCUUGAAGUACUAUGAUGAGGGUGCUUCACUGAAUGGCAGUAAGCUGAAGUUAUCAGAUGGCUCGGAAGUCGGAGAUUACAUAAUUGGUGAUGCAAGAUACCCUCUUCGUCCUUGGAUCCUCACACCUUACCUGUUGGAGGAUGGCCUCUCACGCUCAGACGCCAAAGUUGAGUUCAACAGGAGACAUUCUGCAGUGACAGCUUUUGCACUAAGGGCGCUAGCAAAGUUAAAAGACACAUGGAAGUGCCUCCAGGGAGAAGGGUGGCAUCGAGAUAAUAAUGACAUAUUGAGAAGGACAAUCUGGGUAUGCUGCAUGUUGCAUAACAUAGUGAUAGACAUGGAGGAGAAAGACGAGGAUCAGGAGGAAGGUGAGUAUGAGGAUGAGGGUCAAGAGGAAUUGCGGCAGGUAGCAGACGAGGAUUCUGUCAGGGCGAGGAGUGCACUAUCCCAGCACUUGAUAAAGUCUGUAGAGGAGGAACAAGGAGCAGAAGAUAAAAACAAGGAAGAAGAAGCACAGCAAAGGAAGGCAGCAUCUCGAGGAAAGGAGAAAGUGCAUGAUAUCUAG